GAUUCAGUAGCAUCCGCACGUUCCGUGAGCAAUCAUGAAUGUCAGUGAACCUGUUAUGUCACACCGUGACGCGAGUGAUUACAGUACUCAGUUGAAUCGUUGGUUUCUGAAACCGGUGGGCGCCUGGCCAAGUUCAGCUUCGACAACAGUCAGAGAAAAGGUGAUUUCAACAAUACUGAUAAUCAUCUGUUACUCGUUGAUAGCCUACACGGUCAUACCUUGUAUCCUGAACAUCCUAUUCGAAGAGACCGAUGUGCAGAAAAAAUUAAGAGCUGUUGGUCCAUUAAGUCACUGGUGCAUGGGCGGCAUGAACUAUUUCUCCUUGCUGUUUCGCAGCCGCGAUAUACAUCGUUGCGUGGAGCACAUGAGGACCGACUGGCGGACGGUGACGGAGAUCGGGGACCGGCAGGUGAUGCUGAAAUAUGCUAAAGUCGGCCGUUUCGUUGCCGGGUUGUGUGCAAUUUUCAUGCAUGGUGGAGUAUUCUCCCAUAGCGUACUCCAGGGUACGACACCGACGUUCGAAUAUAUCGAGAACGUGAGCGUAUCGGUGCAUGUGUUACCGUGUCCCUCAUACAGUAAGUUCGUAGAUACCACGCAGAGCCCAGCGGGCGAGAUUGCGUUAACGCUGCAGCUCAUCUCAAGUAUCGUCGUCAAUUCCGUCACAGUUGGCGCCUGCAGUCUUGCAGCGGUGUUCGCGAUGCACGCGUGUGGCCAGUUGAAUGUAUUGAUGAGAUGGUUGGACCAGUUGGACGAUCGAAAGCAGCAAGGCACGGUACAACAUCGAUUGGCGAUCAUUGUGGAGCACCAUCUGAGAGUGUUGAGUUUCGUUGCGCGGAUGGAAGCACUUUUAAAUCAGAUAUGUUUUGUGGAAUUGCUAGGAUGUACAUUUAACUUAUGUAUGCUCGGAUAUUACGUCAUUACGGGAUGGAAUGUAAUAGAAAAAAAAACGUCAGUAGCUUAUAUGAUUAUAUAUAUAUCCAUGACUUUCAAUAUUUUUAUAUUCUGUUAUAUUGGCGAAAUUGUUACGGAACAGUGUAAACAAGUAGGCGAGACAGUUUAUAUGACGAAUUGGUAUCGUUUGCCACAUAAAACGGCGCAAGGUUUGAUCUUAAUUAUCUCCCAAUCGAGUUGUGUGAUCAAAUUAACUGCGGGGAAACUAGUUCAUCUUUCUAUCGCAACUUUUGGUGAUGUGAUGAAAACCUCCAUGAUAUAUCUAAACAUGCUUCGGACUAUAACAGCUUCUUAG